GAGCAUCCACCGAAAAGCAGAGGACGCCACAAACCAAAUCCUUCGAAAUCCAGUGUCUUGCUCUGACAGUCCGACUCCAACCUACUGCACAAACCAAAAUGAAAUUUAGGGUUUCUCAGAAAUUCCCCAUGUUCAUACACCAAGCAACGCUCAAUCACCGCCAUCUUCACCUCAUUUCCUUCGUGAGAAAACUUCAAACAUCUCGAGCUUCCGUCAAUGGCGGAAGUAGCAGCUCUCAAGGCAAUUCUUUUCUUGUGCCUGGUGCAACAGUGGCUACUAUACUUAUGCUUGGUGCGCUUCAUGCUAGGCGGCUUUACGAUGAUAAGAAGGUAGAAGAUGCAAGGGAGAAAGGACUUGAAUUUGAAUUCCAUCCUGAUGUAAAAGCGACAUUUCUGCAGUUGCUACCUCUACGUUCCAUUUCCAGAUAUUGGGGCUUAUUGACAAGUGUGGAAAUCCCUGUGUGGCUGCGUCCUUAUGUUUAUAGAGCAUGGGCUCGGGCAUUCCAUUCAAACUUAGAAGAAGCAGCUAUGCCUUUGGAUGAAUAUGCUACUUUACGGGAUUUCUUUGUUCGAUCCUUGAAAGAAGGUUCCAGGCCUAUUGACCCUGAUCCAAGAUGUCUGGUUAGUCCUGUGGAUGGCAUUAUUUUAAGAUUUGGAGAAUUGAAAGCAGCAGGAGCUAUGAUUGAGCAAGUAAAAGGGUUCUCUUAUUCCGUUUCUUCUCUUCUGGGUGCAAACUCGCUUCUUCCCAUGAUAACUGAAGAGAAUACCCAUGCAGAGAGUAGUGAACUUGAAAACACUCCUAAAGACCAAAGUAGUAAAUCAUGGUGGAGAGUUUCACUGGCUUCUCCAAAAGUUUGGGACCCUGUAGCAUCAAGUCCAAUGAAAGGCCUUUUUUACUGUGUAAUUUACUUGAAGCCUGGAGACUAUCAUCGGAUACACUCUCCAAUUGACUGGAAUGUUCUUGUUCGCCGGCAUUUUUCAGGCCGCCUUUUCCCUGUGAAUGAACGUGCUACAAGAACAAUCAGAAACCUUUAUGUUGAGAAUGAAAGGGUUGUACUCGAAGGUCAAUGGCAAGAAGGGUUUAUGGGAAUUGCUGCAAUUGGUGCAACAAAUAUUGGCUCUAUUGAGCUUUUUAUUGAACCAGAGCUUCGAACAAACCGGCCGAGAAAGAAGUUUUUUCACUCAGAGCCACCUGAGGAACGUAUUUAUGAACCUGAAGGUGUAGGUGUCAUGCUCAAAAAGGGCGAUGAGAUGGCCGCCUUCAAUAUGGGAUCCACAGUGGUGCUUGUGUUCCAGGCUCCAGUUUCAAGAUCACCCAAAAACCAGGGCUCAUCAGAAUUUAGCUUUUGCACCAGGAAAGGGGAUAGAAUUCGUGUGGGAGAAGCACUGGGAAGGUGGCAUGAUUCAUAGCAACAGUAAUGCACCAUAUAUGACGCAUUUACAUUUGAGAGCAUUUGUACCAUGUUUGUAGACUACAGAACUGACUGUAACUCACUGCAAAUUGCCACAAUGAUGUUAAGAAAAACUGGCAAUAGUACCUUGGAUGGAUCAACUUGUAUUUAUAUUGCCCAUGAAUUUGCUUCAUGUUGAAUCUGUGGUUGAUGUUACAAAAAGUUAAGUCAGUUCCAAAUUAAUUUUUGAGUUAAA